UAAUUCGAUGGUUUUAGGACUCGCCAACAAAUUAAAACACCUUAGAAUUAAUGAAACUUAAUUCAAAGCUUUCAUGGCCAGGCAAGAGCAUAUAUAAAAUAUUUGAAUUUUACCGUUUAGAUGACCCGGUCCUUAUACAUGGGUAUUUACUUACUCAAGAGCCAUGCAUACACCCUUUAAUUAAGCAGAAUCAUCGUUCAUUUUUAUGGGUUUUCAUUCUUCACAAAUUUUAAUCUUCUUCUUUGUAAGGCUAAUGCAUGAUCAAAACAAUGGCCUGCAAUGGCUUCUUGCUCUUCUUCUUUUCUGUCUUAGUCAUGCAAUAUUUUCUUCUAAUGGCCACUGUCCAACCCACCUACGCAUAUAAUUAUUGUAACUACACAGCAAAUUACAGUUCCAACAGUGCAUUCCCAGAAAAUCUCAACACUUCCUUUUCUUACUUAUACGCUAACGCGCAAAGCAACGGGUUUUACAAUACCACCGCCGGCGAGAGUCCCGACAAGGUGUACAUUCUAUAUCUAUGCAGAGGAGACAUCUCCCCCGGGUUAUGCCAGAUUUGCCUCAUGGAAGCCAGAGAAGCCAUAACGAUGAUUUGUCCAAAUCAGGAAGAAGCUUUUAUAAUGUACGAUGAGUGUAUGUUACGGUACUCGAAUCGAUCUAUAUUCUCGGUUAUGGAGAAAUCUCCAGACGUCUGUUUCUUUAGCCACUACAGUAUUAAUACAGACCCAGAUCAAUUUAGUGCAACUUUGGCGGGUUUGAUGGAUGACCUUGUUAUGAAGGCUAAUUCUUCUAGCAAUUUGUUUGCUACUGGAGAUGUCAAUUAUACAUACUAUAGCAAGAUAUAUGGUCUGGUUCAGUGUACCCCGGACAUUACUCCAGUUGAUUGCAGCACUUGCUUACAUUUGUCUGUUGAAGAAAUGCUUCAUUCCUUUGAUGGGCAGCGAGGAGGAAGAGUUAUCAGGCCAAGCUGCAAUAUUAGGUACGAAAUAUACAAUUUUUACAAUUCCAGGGAUGCUACACCAGCUCCAUCUCCUCCAGCAGCUUCAUUGCCAUCGCCACCAGUCUUGCCAAACAUCAGAGAGAAAAGGAGGCUGUCUUCAAAGGCAAUUAUCGCCAUACAUAUAAUCGUUCCACUAGUUAUCGUGGUAGUGCUUUUAUCCAGUUUGUGCUACCCUUACCGAAGUUGGAAAGCUAAGAAGAAGCACAAUGCUAGAAAGAAGGAAAUAGUUGGGGAGCAUGAUAUUACAACUUCACAAUCCUUCGAAUUUUAUUUGACUACAAUUGAAGCUGCCACAAAAAACUUUUCUGCCAAAAACAAGAUUGGUGAGGGUGGAUUUGGAGGCGUGUACAAGGGUACACUUUCUAAUGGACAAGAAAUAGCUGUGAAGAGACUAUCAAGAAGCCGUGGGCAAGGUGUGGAAGAAUUUAAAAAUGAGGUUUUGUUGCUGGCCAAGCUUCAACAUAAAAAUCUUGUCAGACUAUUGGGAUUUUGCUUGGAAGGGGAAGAGGCAAUACUCGUCUACGAAUUUAUGCACAACAAAAGUCUUGACCACUUUCUAUUUGAUCCUGUAAAACAAGAAGAGUUAAAUUGGUCGAGACGCUACAAGAUCAUAAGAGGGAUUGCUCGAGGACUUUUAUAUCUUCAUGAAGAUUCUCAACUCAAAAUUAUACAUUGUGAUCUGAAAGCUAGUAAUGUUUUGUUGGAUAAGGACAUGAAUUCAAAGAUUUCAGAUUUUGGUUUGGCACGGAUUUUCACAGUGGAUCAAAGUCUAGGAUGUACCAGUAGAAUCCGAGGCACAUAUGGUUACAUGUCUCCAGAAUAUGCAAUGCAUGGACAAUUCUCUGUUAAAACCGACGUGUUUAGUUUUGGCAUCCUAAUACUUGAGAUUAUAAGCGGCAAAAGGAACAAUUUUACGUUUCAAUCAGACUAUGCUGAGAACCUUCUGAGCUACGCUUGGAGCCAGUGGAAGGAGGGGAUACCACUGGAAUUAUUGGAUCCAACUUUAGCAGAUUGUUAUUCAAGAGACGAAGUCGAUAGAUGCAUCCACAUUGCGUUAUUAUGCGUCCAGGAAGAUCCGGAUGAACGGCCCACGAUGGCUCGAGUAGUACUCAUGCUCAACACUUUCAAUAUUACUCUACCACGGCCGCGAUCACCAACUUUUUCUUUGCCCCGAAGAACAAAUCAAUCUACAAGCAAGUCAACGCAAUGGUCUGUUGUGACAGGAUCUACAAACUGCGAUUCCAAUAUCAUUGGGUUUGAGAAAUCAUAACCAAAUUGUAACCAAACAUGCGACAGAGGAACGAGUUGAUUUAUCUCCACGCUCUUUCGGCCUUAUGAGCAGAAGCCACCCCUCAUCUACCGAGGGGCAGUAGCCCUUUCCUAAGGCAUUUAGAUCCUCUCCCGUUCAAAUGAAUUGGAAAACAUUUUUUCCUUGCCUGAGAGGGGUGGUCGGCCCUCUCUUUUUUUAAAAAAAAAAAAUUUAAAAAUUCAAAAUAUUCUACUUUUAAAUUUUUUUUAAUUUGGAUGGUAAAAUUGUAAUUUUUCAACAACUCUUUAUUGGAUGUUAGAUAUGGUGUUUGACAGUGUGUGCUUAGUGUGUUUGUUGAGUUUUAUGUUGGUUUGAGAAAAUGAAAGAACGAAAAAUGUAGAGAAAAUUGUUGGAGGUUUGAACGUAAUAAGAAGGGAUUUUUGUUGAAA